GGUGGGGUGGCUCGCUCGGUAUAAAAGCUCGCCGGCCGGCUGGAAGGAGCACAGCUGAACCCACAGCCGCAAAUACAACAACACACCAAGCAUCAUGAAAUUCCAGGUUUGCAUCGUUCUGGCUCUGGCCGCCUUCGCCUUCGCUGAAGACAAGACCGAGACCGAGACCAAGGAAAAGCGUGGCGUGGUCGCCCCCGCUUACGGCUACGGCGCCCCCGCCUACGCCAGCUACGCCGCCCCGGCAUACACCAGCUACGCCGCCCCUGCCUACACUAGCUACGCCGCCCCCGCCUACGCUGGAUACGCCGGCUACGCCGCCCCCGCUUACACCAGCUACGCCGCUCCCGCCGUCGCCAAGGUGGCCGCUCCCGUCGCUGCCUACGCCUCGCCCGCCUACACCAGCUACGCCGCCCCCGCCUACGCUGGAUACGCCGGCUACGCCGCCCCCGCUUACACCAGCUACGCCGCUCCCGCCGUCGCUAAGGUGGCCGCUCCCGUCGCCUAUGCCGCCCCCGCCUACGCCGGCUAUGCCGCUCCCGCAUACUCCUCCUAUGCCGCUCCCGCCUACUCUUCCUACGCCUCCCCCCUUGGCUACGGACGCGUGUACUAAGUGAGAUGCCUCCAGACUGAUUCACCCCCUCUCAUCCCCUCGUUGAACAACACACACCAACCAUCUCCAUAUCGUUGCGAUCUUUAUAAUGAAUAACAACGAGCGCCUCUGCCAAUGUUUUCAACAUCACUGUUUCAAUCUGCGCAGAGCGAUGUAUCAAAACCAACUGCUGGAAUAAAAUGACAACAAGUUCCAAAGAA